AUGGAUCCCAACAAGACACCCAGUGCUCCUCCAAUGUGGAGUGAAGAGAAGGCAUCCAUGGUUGAGUCCCCGGCCCCUCCGCCCUACGAGGACCACCCCUAUCCGGGCUACCCUCCGCCCGGCCCGGGGUACCCCGUCCAGCCUCAGGGCCCUGGAUAUCCCCAGCAGUAUGCUGGGGCAGGUUAUGGACAGCAGCCUUUCCCCACUGCCCAGCCGUAUCCAGCACAACCUGGUGCCGUAACUGCCCAGCCCACAUUGUACAUGGCUCAAGGCCCUCUGCAAAACCCUGUCAAUGACUACUUGGGCUACUCCAUCUUCACCAUGCUCUGCUGUUGCCUGCCUGUUGGAAUUGCUGCCCUCAUCUACUCCAUCUUGGUGAGUUUAUUGCACAUAGGCACCAAAGUUGGUGCACAUGCCUUUUGA